UCAAACGUGAACACCGAAUUUGACAGUUCAUCGAGAAACUUGAAUCGAGAUGGAUGUGGUUUGUAGCUAAUGAAUUCCACACUAAUUUGUGCAAUAUCAACGAUGUAAAUAAACAUUUUCAAAAUUCCCGUGUACGUGUUGUAUCAAAAUUCGUGUCAACCCCUCAAUUGUCAAAAUGGCCAAGAGGUUAACCGAAGAAAUGGUAAUCGCGAGGACCAAAAUCUCAGACCUGGGAAAAAUCAAACGUCUAAAUUGCUGGGGUAGCGAACUCGUGGACGUUUCCCUGUUACGGAAAAUGCCCAGUGUGGAGGUGUUGUCUUUGAGCAUCAAUAAAAUCAACAGUUUGGUGGAUUUCCAAUUUUGCAAACGGUUGGAAGAGUUGUAUAUAAGGCAGAACGAUAUUAGGGAUUUGAAUGAAGUGGUCUUCUUGCAAAAUUUACCGAAUUUGAAGAACCUUUGGCUUGGGGAAAAUCCUUGUGCCAACGUCGACGGAUACCGUCUCGCUGUGAUAAAAGCUCUACCGCAACUCCAGAAGCUCGACAACGUCCAAGUGACCCAAGAAGAUCUCCGCGAAGCUCAACGCAAAGGUCGCACACUGACUCAUCCGGACGAUGCUCAGGAAAGCGAAGAAGAGUACGUUCAGCCGCCGCAACAACCGCAACAAUACAACAAAUACCAGGACUACUCUGAGUCCGAGUACAGUCCUGUGCAGAGGAGCCCGCCGAGACAGGAGCCCGACUAUGAAAUCGAAGAAAGCGAAGAUCUUUAUCCGCGUGAAGAAGUGUCGGAAGAAAGUAAAGACUACUCCCCGCCGAGACAGCCAAGUCCACCGCGUAGAACAGAACCCGCUCGAAAAAGCUUCUCUCCGGAGCCCGUCUACGUAGAAAGGCGGAGAAACAGCUACGAAAGAGAAUCUCCGAAACAGCAACAACCGCCGCAAUAUUAUGACCAAAGGUGUCCAGGUGACCACGCAUUCGAAGAUAACAUCCAUCACUGUGAUAGUAACUAUAGGGACGUUAAAAUCGUUAACAGUCAAUCAGCUAACUGUAUUAAGGAAUACACAAACGGGGACCGUUACCUCCACGGCCAGCCUCAGUACCGAGAACCCGACGUGUCCUCGACUCACAGCCACGAAAGGCGCGAAAGGUACGUUUGCCCCGCCGCUCACCGAGCGCCAUUUACUAGGAGACCAGUCACCAGGAACUCGAACAUACUGUCGGCCGUCUUGCGCUUAGUCAAAGAACUGGAUUACCCCAGUCUCGAAGUUGUCGAAAUGGAGGUUAGGUCGCGCAUGGAUGAACUGGAUGAAUGACAUAAGGAAGCGUCGUCCACCCAAGACGAACCACCGCAAGACACCACCGACUAAACAUGACUUAAGAGAUGUACUCAACACGGACAAUAGAGGUUAGUUGCGCUGCUGUUGUAAGUUAGGGAACGAUGUUACCGAUAGUACUUAAUGCAAGGUGCGCACACACAUCGGACAAUAGCCAGCUUGAUUUUUUUCCGAAAAUAAUGGGCCACGUUCUGUGAUAGGACACUCAUUGUAUUUUUAAGAAUUACGCAGUGUUUCGGUAAGUUGAAAAUUGUAUGUAAAUAUAUCACUGUUCUUUUGUUAUUGUUUGAUGUGAGUUACUUAAGGCAGCUAUGGUUUAAGUCGUUAUUUAAGACACCCACAAGUCUGAAUUUCUCAUCUACGAGCAUUACUAAGCGCAUGUACAUAACUGCCACCGUAGGACAAUUGUAACAUCAAGUUUUUGAUAUAAUUUUUUAAUAAAACGAGCGAGUUAUUAAUUAUUAGGAGAUUUAAUGGUAUUAACAAUUCAUGUUUUGUUGGACCAGUCAAUGUGAGUAGUUGGCAUUGGGAUGUGUACUCACUUGUUGAAGUUUGCAAGUUCAAUCGUUUCAUUCCCUCCAUUUUAGACUGCUACUUGUUAUUGUUUAAUGUUAUAUUUUAUACUGUUAAUCUAGUCUUUAGUUGUAACUUUUUCUUAAUUCGCCCUUUGUAACAUGUAUUUGAAUAAGUGCAAUUUCUUUUAUGAAGUGUAAGUAUCAAAAUAAAGCAAUUAAUAUGAUGAA